AUUUCAUACGUAAUACGAUAACCUAAUAAAAGAGAUUUCUUUCCUCGUUCGCCGGUAUCGGUAGAAACAUCCACUCUGUGAAGUCGUCGGAGCUAAUUUCAUCAUCACCCUCACCCUUCAUCCAAUCAUUCUUCUUCUUACUUGUACGAAUUUCGUUGAUCUUCAAUAAUUUCUUCUCAGAUUCUCAUGGCCACCUCUCAACAGCCACCAGCUUUGCAGAUUUUGGUUCGAGGAUCAGAAGGUUUUUCAAUCUGGAAUGGCCCCCCAUUCAUCGACAAUCAGCCUACUCCCAACAAACUCGAAAAGGUUGCUUGCACCAGUACAAAAUUUAGUGAUGAUGGAUCCAAAUUGUUGGUUACGAAGUCUGAAACUCUGAGCAUUUACGAAUGCCGUGAUUUCAGAGAGAUUAAGUCUUUUGAAGUACCCAAUUUGCUUGCGGCUGCCUUGUCGCCAUGUGGUACUUAUCUACAGACCUUUCAAAAAUCUUCAACGCCUCAGGAAAAGAAUGUUGUUCUCCGGAAGACUGCCACUGGUGAUAUUGUAUACUCUCAAUUUCAGAAGAAUAUGACCAAAUUGACAUGGCCUGCAAUUCGAUUCAGCUCUGAUGAAACUGUUGCCUGUCGGAUGGCUACUAAUGAGAUACAGUUUUUUGAUGCUAAAGAUUUCUCCAAAGGAGUUAUUCAUCGGCUAAGAGUUCCGGGAGUCACUGCAAUUGAACUCUCAAGGACACCUGGAACCCACAUUGCAGCCUUUGUUCCUGAGUCCAAGGGGGUUCCUGCCAGUGUCCAAAUCUUUGGUUGUGGAGAUUCACAAACCCAACUGAUUGCUCGGCGAAGUUUCUUCCGUUGUUCAACGGUUCAGCUACACUGGAACAAUGGUUCUACUGGGGUUCUAAUUGUUGUGCAAGCAGAUGUAGAUAAAACCAACCAGAGUUAUUAUGGUGAAUCAAAGUUAAACUACUUGACGACCGAUGGGGCUCACGAAGGACUUGUACCACUUCGUAAAGACGGGCCAGUUCAUGAUGUGCAGUGGACACAGAGUGGUUCAGAGUUUGCAGUAGUGUAUGGAUUUAUGCCUGCAAGAGCAACGGUGUUUGACAAGAAGUGCAAGCCUCUUCUUGAGCUCGGAGAAGGUCCCUACAAUACUGUUCGAUGGAAUCCGAAGGGGAGACUUCUAUGUAUAGCAGGAUUCGGUAAUCUGCCAGGUGACAUGGCAUUUUGGGACGUCAAGGAGAAAAAACAGCUUGGAACAACAAAAGCUGAAUGCUCUGUUACCAGCGAAUGGUCUCCUGAUGGACGCUAUUUCAUGACUGCCACAACUGCUCCAAGACUUCAAGUUGACAACGGGAUAAAGAUUUUCCACUGCAAUGGAACUUUAUACUUCAAGAAAAUGUUUGAUAAGUUAUUCCAGGCCGACUGGAAGCCAGAGUCGCCAGAUAAGUUCGGUGAAAUUGAUGAACUAGUCAAGUCAGUAGAAUCACUAAAUAUAGAUCAAAAGAAAACACAAGGGCAAGGGUCAAAACUCUCACAAGCAUCGCAAAAAACCGCCCCUUCGAACCCUCCUGUUCAGAAGCCUGCUGCAUAUAGGCCUCCACAUGCGAAAAAUGCUGCUGCUAUUCAGGCAGAGUUGCUUGGAGAAGGCCCUAAAGAAUUGAGCAAGAACGCACUGCGGAAUAAGAAGAAAAGGGAGAAACAAAAGGAGAAGAAGGCGGGUGAAGGUGCCUCAACAGCCAAUGAUGUGUGAAAAAAUGCAGGAUACAACGAAGAAUUCAUUUGCUGUAUGCUUCUUCUAGCAUUUGCUCCUGGAGAAUUUGAGUUGAGGUUUAGCUUUCUCAGAAAUGCCAUUCAACAUCUGAUUCAAAUGAAAUAUUAACUGCCAAGGGAGACAUUUGGUACGUUCAAUCCUUCAAAAAUUUUGAGAAAAAAAAUUUAAAUGUUAUACAAGUCUUAGAGUCUGUUGAGUACUUAGCUUUCUUCAUGCCUGUAUGGCUUUAACCGUCCUGAGCUGCAGUUAUCCGGUUGGAAUAUACUAUCUAAUGAGUUGAAUGAAGGAAUAAGCCGUUUGGAUU